AUGGCCAUAAUGGAAGCUAUGAUUGCCAAUCUUUGCAAAAGUGUCAACAUCCCUUUUAUCAAAGCUCUCCAACAGAUGCCUACAUACAUCAAGUACAUAAAGGAGAUGCUGACAAAGAAAGGAACCUUAAAAGGAGGACAGACUGUGACAAUGAACAAGGAAUGUAGUGCCCUCAUCAAGAAAGAUGUGCUCCUAAAGAAAAAAGAUCUAGGGAGCUUUCAUAUUCCCUGUGUCAUAAGAGAAACAAAAAUUUACAGAGGAUUUUGUGAUCUUGGAGCUAGCAUAAAUUUGAUGCCUCUGUCUCUUAUGAAGAAUCUGCAAAUUAAUGAGCUGAGAUCCACUGAUGUAAUUAUGCAAUUGGUUGAUAAAACUCAGAAGCAGGCUGAAGGAGCAGUCGAAAAUGUGUUGGUAAAAGUGGGAAAUGACUUCUUCCCAACAGACUUUGUUGUUUUGGACAUGGAGGAAAGUUACCUCCAUCCUAUUAUUUCGGGGAGACCAUUUCUAGCCAUUGGUCGAGCACUCAUUGAUGUAGAACAAGGAGAGUUGAUACUGAGAAUAUAUGAUGAGCAGCUCACUUUCCAGGUCUUCAAGCCCAUGCAUGAAUCUGAGCAAGAGAACAAGAAAUUAAAGGAAGAAUAUGGGGAGAGCUUUCUGAUGGAGAAUAGCAAUGAACUACCAAACAAGCAUCUGGAGCUUCCCUUGAUAGAUAAACAAAAAACUCAAGAGAUGAAGCAACCAAUGGAGUUCAAGGAAGAGCUGAAGCCAUAA